CGCCCCAGGGCCCGCCCCAUCUCCGUCCAGCCUGCAGGCUCCGGACCCUGCGGUCAUCCCUGGCGGGCUCAUCCUGGCAAGCUGUUACCGAGAACCUUUGUCCCAGUUCCACGAAAACUGCGAUCUUAGCACUCACCACUUAAAGGAGACAGCAUAAGAAAUUCAUCUUAUUACCAGUGACAUUUAAAUAUUGAUGAAAUUUAAACAUUUUAACCGCAGUUCUGAUUCAUGGACCAUCAAAGAAAGCAGAGAACACAGAUUCAGGAUCUACUAAAGGGGCAGUUUUGGGCAGAUUUGAAGACUGAUACUAAAACAGGGUCUGCCAUCACCCAGACUCAAGAUUCAAACUGACACAUCUGCAUGGGCUAAAAACCUGGAAGCCAAGAAAAUAAAGUUGUGCCAGGAGCUGGAAAUAUAAUGGUGAACAAAACAGUUGGUUCCUGCUCUCACAGAACUUAAAGUUUAGUGAGGAAGAUAAAACCAAACAAGCAAGUAACAGUUAAGUGUUAAGACCUGUUUGAGAUGUGGUGGUUCCAACAAGGCCUCAGUUUCCUUCCUUCAGCCCUUGUAAUUUGGACAGCGGCCGCUUUCAUAUUUUCAUACAUUACUGCCAUAACUCUCCACCAUGUUGACCCUGCUUUGCCUUAUAUCAGUGACACUGGUACCAUCGCUCCAGAAAAGUGCUUGUUUGGGGCAAUGUUAAAUUUCGCUGCAGUUUUAUGCGUUGCUACCAUUUACGUUCGUUAUAAGCAAGUUCAUGCUCUGAAUCCUGAAGGGAAAUAUAUCACCAAGUUAAACAAGGCUGGCCUGGUACUUGGAUUGCUGAGUUGUUUGGGACUUUCUUUUGUGGCAAACUUCCAGAAAACAACCUUUUUUUCUGUACAUAUAUGUGGAGCUGUGCUCACCUUUGGUAUGGGCUCAUUGUACAUGUUUGUUCAGACCAUCCUUUCCUACCAAAUGCAGCCCAAAAUUCAUGGCAAACAGGUCUUCUGGAUCAGACUACUGCUGGUCAUCUGGUGUGGAGUAAGUGCAUUUAGCAUGCUGACUUGCUCAUCGCUCCUGUACAGUGGCAGUUUUGGCUCAAAUGUGGUACAGAAACUCCACUGGAACCCCCAGGACAAAGGUUAUGUGCUUCAUAUGAUCACUACUGCAGCAGAAUGGUCUAUGUCAUGUUCCUUCUUUGGUUUUUUCCUCACUUAUAUCCGUGAUUUUCAGAAAAUUUCCUUACGGGUGGAAGCCAAUUUACACGGAUUAACCCUCUAUGACACUGCUCCCUGUCCUAUUGACAAUGAACGAACACAUCUACUUUCCAAAGAAUUUUAAUGAAAGAAUAAAAUAGUUCUGUGAUGAUUAUGAUUCUCAGGGAUUGAGGAAAACAUUCAUAAGUUACUUCUUCUGCUCUGAAAUUGUCCACCAAUUAAUCAAGGCUGAGAGUGACAUUUAUGAGUCCUGAUAACCAAGAGACAUGAAGUAAACCAUGUGAUAAAUUAUUUUAAAGGGUAUCUUCAAGAGGAUCAUGUAAAAACAUUUAUGCCUACACAUUUUUGUAAAUCCCAGAAAAAAACGACUCUAUAGCACUGUAGAUUUUCUUCUAUUUUAUUUAUAUGAAACACCAGAAGUACACCAAGCAGUCUGCAGAAUGUUUUAGAAAUUAUUGUAAAGCAUGUUUUGUUUGGAGCACUUUUAUGCAAGGCAUUUUCCAGCACACUGAAUAAUCAGCAUUGCUCAGCAGUUCCUUUAGAAUUGGGUUUUGAGGUAAUAAUUUUACCAUGUUAAUACAUUUCUUAUAGUCUUUUAAAUUUUUUUUCUGGAAUCCACCUAUAAAGGGAUUCAUGUGAACCCUGAAUUCAUGUGAACACUGUCUUUGCUUAAACUUUGCACAAAAGAUUUUGGUGCUAUUGAUUUGAUUCCUGCCACAAGGCCAGAUAUUACACUAACUGGUCUGUUAUACAUGGUUGCAAUAAGUUCAUGAAGCUUAGUCUCUGGUAUGAGAUUUUAAUAAAAAAUGAGAGAAGUAACUAUAAAUUUAAUCAUGUCUUACAUAAAACAAAGCUUUGUUAGUGUGCAUUCACAAGGCUGAGAAGUUUGUGAAUAACAGCAGGUAUCAUUAAUAAAAGUUAUCUUAAACUGCAGUCGAGAUUUUUAGAUUUUUUUUUUUUUUACAGCAAAUUAUAAUUACUUGUAAAAAUAGACUUGAACAGGCAAUAUUGAACCUUUUUACUGGGAUGUGAUCUUUGUAGAACUCAAAUUCUAAAGGACAAAAUGAGCAAUUUAAAAAAACUAGGUACAAAAUAAUUGUGAUACAUACAUCUUUCUGGUCAUGCAAGUGGUUGGAUAGCUUGUACCUGAAUCCUUGUCUAUGCAGAUAAAGAAUGUUUUAGAGAUCCCAGAUAAAAUUCAAAAGAAGAAAAUGCUUAUCUGGAAGGUGCCCCCUGGCAAACUAGUUUGCAAAAUAAUCCUUGAAGAAGAUUAACAAGCUUUAUCUUUUUAGAAGAAAUGGUUUUACAGCCAGAAUAAAAGAUGGAGAGAACAAAUUUAAAGUGUAAGAGAAAGAAAUUUAAGGGAAAUGGUUAUAUGGUGGAACCAGAGAGCUUGAUCAUGAAUAAGUUGCUAGUAUAGGACUAAAUAAUAUUUCUGAAAACUUUUGGACCAAGACAAAAUGGAAUAAAAUACUGUUUAUAUAAAGCAGCAGUGAACAUGGGAGACAUUUCAAUAAACAUUGAUCGAUUGGCAUCACCCGAAAAAAAUGUGGGUACAAAGUUUAAAAAUUUUUUCUCUGCAAACAUAGUGUGGCCACCUCUUGGAAACAGCAUCCAGUCCUGAUUGCUAUAUAUCAAGCAAACUGUAAUUCAAUUAUGAAGACCACAGUAUGAUGAGGGGGAAAUUGAUAAAAAUCAAAGUUCAUAAAAUUAUAAAUUAUGUGUGGGUAAGAUGGCACAGGGGAGAAUGUGGACUUGUAUGUUCACACUAGAUUAUCAGGCUUAGAGAAAUACAUUCAUGAAACCAAGUGGCGAUGUUCGGGUUUGUUGUCUCACAAAUUGAAGAAUGAAUUUACGGACCAAGGGUAAGCAAAAGGAAAGUUUCUUUGAACGAUAGAUUCCCCGCAGCAGGGAGGGGACUCAAGUAGGUUGCUCGUGGGGCUUUGUUGUCUAGGGGUAGAUAGAUACUUUGCUAGUCUCUGAUUGGUCCGUUCAAGAAAUUCUGCCUUAGCAACAUCCGUGCAUUAAAGGUUGUGUUUCCCACCUGACUGGGUUCAGCUCUUGGUCAUCUAUAGGGGCCUUUAUAAUAAUUUCAACUCUCAGACUAUUAGUGAGAAGGAGGGGAAACACCCUUGGAGCAACUCUAUGCUUGCUUUUGGUUUCUCCCCCAAACCCAACCUUGGUUUCCUAUAAUCCCUUUUUUUAAAU